AUGAAUUAAUAAGAAUUUAUUUGCAAUACUUGCAAUAAAGCCUUUAAAUAAAAGCGUGCUUUAUAAGAACAUUAAUUAAUCCAUUCAGGGGAGAAGCCCUAUAAAUGGUUAGUUUUUAUCGAUAAUUUACUAGUGUUUCUUGUAAUUAAUCGUUUAGAUAAUAUUCCUCAUUAUAAAAGCAUGACCGUAUUCAUACAGGAGAAAAACCAUAUAACUGUUAAGUGUGUAAUUAAACAUUCUCUCAAAUUUCAAAUCUGAAAAGACACUAAUUCAAACAUAAAGAAUAGAAACCUUUUACUUGUGAGAUUUGUUAAAAACAAUUCAUAACUAAUUAAAAUUAUUAAUAACAUCAAAACAAACAUAAAACAUAAAGAUAAAGUUAUGUUUGUGAAUGUAAUAGAACUUUUCUCUAUAAAUGUAGUUUAAAAAAACAUUAGAAAAUUCAUAAUAAAUUAGAAAAUACAGAUUAAUUUAUAAAUCUAUAAGAAAUAAAUUAAAUUUCAUCAGAUUUAAGAAUAUUUUUUACAGCAUAACAUCCUUAAAUAUUUCAUUCUAAUCAUAUUGAUAUAUUAUUUAAUGGAAGAUUAUAUAAUUAUAAUGAAUGUAAUUAUUAAAUUAAUAAUAUUAAGAAACUGGCAGGAUUGAAUUACAUGAUUUGAUUGAUUAAUAAUAAUAAAAUUGUGAACCAAUCAAAGAUCAUUAACAUUUUGAUUCGUAAAAUUAAUAUGAUUUAAUUAAAUGUAUAGAUUGUAAAUAAGAAUAAUGUUGUUGUAAAUCAAAAUAGUUGGUUAAUAAUUGUUGUUUAGCAUGUAAUGGUGGAAAUUGUGGAGAAACUCCAUUUGCUAUAUCAAAAGUAUUACAUUUUCAUGGUCCAAAUUGUGGUCAUCCAAUUGUUAUCCAUAAUGGUCAUAUUGAUUAUUUAGUCAAUGAAAUGCUACACUAUCCCCAUGAUGGCCAUUGUGACAAUCACGGUAUUUUAAAUAGAAUUAAAGUUAAGUGA